UUAUUUAUUUUAAAAAAAAAAAUCUUUUUUUUCAAAGCGGAAAUUCUAAGAGGUUUUAAAGCCGUUCAGGAGAAACAAUUGAAGAUUUUUUUUAUUUUUUUUUUGGCCGUUUUAAGCACUUUUUUUGAGAAUUUUUUUUUUCUCCUACUUUAAAAGUUCAAAAAGGAUAAAUAUUGGACGUCUUCCUGGGAGGAGGAGGAAAAACAGAUCAAAACAUCUUGAGCAGGAGCUGUGUGAAGAUCGUGUCCGCUCUGACACUGGAGGCCUCAUGGAUUCCCGGGGGCUGCACUAGCCGAGCUGGGAUGUUCUCCAGAAGAGCUUUGCUUCUAUGGGGUGUCCUACUUGGUGCUGCUCUCACAGCUGCCCGGCCCCCUUCCAUCCUACCGGACGAAGUUGCCCCAGAAACAAAACCAGACAUGGAAUCGUAUUUGACUCGCCCUGGAGAAGUGAUAGUAUUACAGUGCAGGCUCCGCGAGGAUGUUCAGAGCAUCAGCUGGGUGAAAAACGGCGUUCAGCUUUUGGAGACUAACCACACGCGUAUAACAGGGGAGGCGAUACAAAUUAUCGACGCAAGGCUGGAUGACUCUGGUUUAUAUGCCUGUGUUACUAGCGGCCCAUCAGGAACCGAUACGGUUUUAUUCAAAGUUAAUGUAUCAGAUGCUGUACCCUCAGCCGAAGACGAGGAUGAUGAUGAUGACAAUUCUUCCUCCGAAGAGAAAGCAGCAGAAAGUUCAAAACCCAACCGUCCAUUUUGGUCCACUCCCGAGAAGAUGGAGAAGAAACUUCAUGCUGUUCCAGCUGCAAGAAAUGUCAAGUUCAGGUGUCCAGCGGGUGGAAAUCCCGCACCAACACUUCGCUGGCUGAAAAAUGGCAAAGAGUUCAAGCCUGAUCACCGUAUCGGUGGCUACAAGGUCCGUUCUCAAACCUGGAGCCUGAUUAUGGAUUCCGUGGUUCCCUCUGAUAAGGGAAAUUACACCUGCAUCGUGGAAAAUAAGUACGGGAGCAUCAACCACACGUAUCAGCUGGAUGUUGUUGAGCGUUCACCGCAUCGGCCAAUCUUACAAGCUGGGCUCCCGGCAAAUAAAACGGUCACCGUGGGGAGUAACGCAGACUUUUACUGCAAGGUGUACAGUGAUCCCCAGCCUCACAUUCAGUGGCUCAAACACAUAGAAAUCAAUGGGAGUAAAAUUGCUUCGGACGGCUACCCGUACGUGGAGGUGCUAAAGCACUCUGGGAUUUAUAGCUCAGAUGCAGAAGUUUUGACACUGUACAAUGUGACAGAGGCAGAGAGUGGGGAGUACAUAUGUAAAGUGUCCAAUUAUAUUGGUGAGGCCAAUCAGUCUGCGUGGCUUACCGUCACCAGACCCGAGACAAAAGCUGUGGAUGAAAAACCGGCACUUAUGACCUCAUCAUUGCACUUGGAAAUCAUCAUCUACUGCACCGGGGCAGCGUUUGUGUCGGCAAUGUUGGUGACCAUCAUUAUCUUCAAGAUGAAGCACCCCGCUAAGAAGUCUGAUUUUAACAGCCAGCUGGCGGUGCACAAACUGGCUAAGAGCAUCCCUCUGCGCAGACAGGUAACAGUUUCAGCAGACUCCAGUUCGUCAAUGCAUUCAGGAGUGAUUCUGAUUCGACCUUCUCGACGUUCGUCCAGUGAUUCCCCCAUGCUGGCGGGUGUCUCUGAAUAUGAGCUUCCUGAAGACCCCCGCUGGGAAGUAGCAAGGGACAGGCUCAUCCUUGGAAAGCCGCUUGGAGAAGGCUGCUUUGGUCAGGUUGUCAUGGCAGAAGCCAUCGGCUUGGACAAGGAUAAACCCAACAAAAUCACCAAAGUCGCCGUGAAGAUGCUAAAAUCUGAUGCAAGUGAGAAGGACCUUUCUGACUUGAUUUCAGAGAUGGAAAUGAUGAAAAUGAUCGGCAAGCACAAAAACAUUAUUAAUCUACUUGGCGCCUGUACCCAGGAUGGUCCUCUAUAUGUGAUUGUGGAGUUUGCAGCCAAGGGUAACCUACGUGAAUACUUGCGGGCACGGCGCCCACCUGGUAUGGAGUACUGCUACAACCCCAGCUGUGCCCCCAGUGAACAGCUCACCUUUAAGGAUCUGGUCUCUUGUUCUUACCAGGUGGCCCGUGGCAUGGAUUACCUGGCCUCUAAGAAGUGUAUCCACAGAGAUCUGGCUGCAAGGAAUGUUUUAGUGACAGAAGACAGCGUUAUGAAGAUUGCCGAUUUUGGCUUAGCCCGCGAUAUUCAUCAUAUAGACUAUUACAAAAAGACAACCAAUGGUCGGCUACCUGUAAAAUGGAUGGCCCCAGAAGCUCUUUUUGACCGAAUAUAUACUCAUCAGAGUGACGUUUGGUCGUUUGGGGUGUUGCUGUGGGAGAUCUUCACUCUUGGAGGAUCCCCUUAUCCAGGAGUCCCAAUGGAAGAACUCUUUAAGUUGCUUAAAGAAGGCCAUAGGAUGGACAAACCCACAAACUGCACCAACGAGUUGUACAUGAUGAUGAGGGAUUGCUGGCACGCUGUUCCUUGUCAGAGGCCAACCUUUGUACAGCUGGUUGAAGAUCUAGACCGCAUUGUGGCUCUGAGCUCGAACCAGGAAUACCUCGAUCUCUCCAUGCCAGUGAGUCAGUAUUCUCCGUGUUUCCCAGACACUAGAAGUUCCACUUGUUCCUCGGGGGAGGAUUCUGUAUUUUCCCAUGACCCUUUACCAGAUGAACCUUGUCUUCCAAAAUAUGCCAAUGGAGGAUUAAAAAAACGCUGACCUUGGGAGUUGCAGCAAAUGAGACUUCUCCUCUUCCAACUCCAUCAGACUUCAAGCUACGAACAUUUUGUAUCUAGCAUUCCGAAAAAAAACUAAAACUUCCAGAAUUCCCAGACAAUGCGGUACGAUUACAUUCCUGCAUCUCCAGCGCUAACCUUUUACCUCGUGCAUUGUAGGAUUUUUUUUCCUUUUUAUUUCACGAUUGUAUGGGAUAAUUUAUUACCCGAUGACUUUAAUCAUACACACUUUCUUUUGCGCAAGAGGUUUGGACAUUUUCAGCAACUUGGACAACUUUUUGGACGUGUCGGCAAAUUGUGAAGAUUCAAGCUAAAUUUAGUGUUUUUUUUGAAAAGAAAAACAAAAAACAAACUUGUGUUCCCUUAGUUUUUCUUUCCACCCUCAAGUUUCAUUACACUCCAUAUAAGUGUCCUUAGGUACCUGGAACACACGUUGUCGUUCUUUUUGUCUUCUACAGAGGGUAUAUUUGAACAAACAAGGAUAUUUACCAUAAAUCACGAAACUUUCAGCAUGCCAUCUUCUCAAACAGUUAGUCCUUGGGUCUUUCACCAAAGAAACCUCAACACAGUCCCGUUUUUUUGUGUUUUUUUUAAUAUAAAAUCCAUAGCUGGUUGAAAUGUAUAACUGAUGCAGGUUUAAUUUAAGGUUACGUGCUGUGACUGAUUUAAAUGAUAGCUACACAGAAGUCUUAAUAUAUUAAAGGAAUGUUUUAAUGCAGCUACAUGUAGGCACCGUAAGUGGACUGUUCUGAAAUCAUGCACACAGAUUUCAUUCAUACGUUUUUAGAAUCCUUUGACCAAUCAAUGGUACGAGAGGUGAUGCCCGUUGACCUGUCCUCUUCUCAGCUCUUACCCAGAAUCCUCCUGGGAUUCUGAUUCUUUUAAUAAAGACUAUAACCAGGGGCCUGAAUUUUAAAAGUUCGAUUCAAAAGGUCUUGAAAACCCUACGGUCGUCGUUUUACGUCUCUCUAAUUAACGGAAAAUAAACAUGGGCGAGUGUACCAUUUUAUGCUUUCCUUGUGUAUAUAGCUAGAAAAUGUAUAAAUAUGAAUUAUAUAUUUACAUGUCUUUUUAAGAAAAAUGUUACGAAAUAUAUACCAGUUUGGUAGUAAAUUGGCUGGUAGUUGUCAGUUGCUAUAAACAAAAAAAAAAAAAAAUCAUAUAUUUUGCUACGUUUUCAGUUUGUAUUUUUUUAAAUUAUGUUCGAAAAACCUUUCUUAUUUCAAGUACAAGUCCCUAAAUAAAGAGCGGAUCAACUUCAGUUGACUUUUCGUUUUA